AUGCCUGCCAUCGGACAACUCAACAGCCAGAGGUGGACCAGCUUCUCAAGAGCCAUUGCUCAGCAAUGGCCUCGUUACUCUGUCGGCGCAUUCGCCGCCUGGGGUCUCUACAACGGUGUCUCUGCCCUCUGGCUUGGCAUCAGCCUCUCCAGCUUUGUCGACAACCGAAAAUUCCUUGGCGGGGCCUUCCACCAUGACGGCAAAACAAAUAUGGGCCCCGAAGAAGAAGACCGAAUGAUAAAGGCCACUUUCAUUAUCUUCGGUGCUCUCUUCACCCUCACAAACGCAAUCGCCCUCUACGGUGCCAUCCGCAGAUCUGUCGCCGCAACCAAGGCAUCCCUCAUCAUCUGGAUUAUCCAAAUGUCUUGGUGGGCUAUUGGCGCAGUUUUUGUUAUUAUUGGAUUCUUGGGCAUGUCGGAUAGUGACCGGGAUCAGAUGCCUCGUCCUUCGGGUGGGGAAAUUGUGGUUUUGGCGGGCUGGGGUGGGUUGACGUUGUUCCAUGGGUGGUCGUUGUUUGUUUACUUGAGGGAUUUGAGGAGUCGUCAGAGGAACGUUUGGGGCUUCCUUGUCAAGCACGAUGGCAAGGGCGUGUUUGAGUAUGAGCCCCUUGGAGCCUCCGCUGGACCCGUUCAUUUGUAA